AUGUUUAUUCAGUCUUCUGUGGAUGGCAUAUUAAUGGACUUGGGAAUGUCCUCUAUGCAGGUGAAUAAUCCUAAAAGAGGUUUUAGCAUGCUUGGUAAUGGGCCUCUUGACAUGCGAAUGGAUCCUCAAGCAAGUCUGAAAGCAGAGGACAUAUUAAAUUCAUGGCCAGAUACUGAAUUAGGUCAAAUCCUGCAAGAAUAUGGGGAAGAAAGCAACUGGCGUGUGCUUCUAAAAAAGAUUGUUCAAGCUCGAAAUCAUGGUGGGUUGCAUUCCACUGGUGAAUUGGUAGAUCUUAUCCGGAGUGUGACUCCCGUGACUAGAGGGGGUAGACAAGGUUGGAUAAAGACAGCAACACGGGUGUUUCAAGCUCUGAGAAUUGCCGUGAACGAUGAACUCAAGACAUUGGAGAAUUCCCUCUAUGCUUCUUUCGAUUGCCUUGCCCCUGGUGGUAGGCUUGCUGUCAUUUCCUUUCACAGUUUGGAGGACAGAAUUGUGAAACAAACAUUUCUCAACAUCAUUGACCGCAACAAAGAAGAUGGCAAAGAGGGAAAUGAAGACGAGAGAAGAAGAGAUCUGAAACAGAUCAGAAAUGACAACCAGGUAAACGAACUGUGGAUUAAACAAAUGAUUGAAGGCUGGAAUGGAACAAUUCUCACUAAGAGACCGAUAACACCAUCUGAAGCAGAGGAAAGAUUGAAUCACCGCAGCAGGAGUGCUAAGCUCAGGGUGAUACAAAAGGCUUGAAAUUAGAUUACUGAUUUGUCAGCCAUUGAUUCAUUGAAGGGGGGAAGCUGGCAUGUGAUCUAUAUUAAGCUAUAUGAAUGUUGUAUGAUUUUCCACCCUCAUCAAUUCAUCAUUCUUGAAUA